AUAAACCCACCAAAUAUCUCCGCUUCGCAUCUCUCUUUCUCACUUACCCAUUCAUACUGAAAGAGCCCAUCUUCUUCUUCUUUUUCGUAAAAGGGACCAAGACCGACGUCGAAACUACAGUAAAAAUGCAGGAGGAUAUGACGUCAGCAGCAGCGUAUUACCCCCACCAAUCGAUGAUCAUGACCGCGAAGCAGCAGCAGCAACCGGAGUUACCGGAGCAAGAGCAGCUAAACUGCCCUCGCUGUGCCUCACCCAACACCAAGUUCUGUUACUACAACAACUACAACCUCUCACAGCCACGUCACUUCUGCAAAAACUGCCGUCGUUACUGGACCAAAGGCGGUUCCCUUCGUAACAUCCCCGUCGGCGGCGGAACUCGCAAGAACAGUAGCAAACGAUCCUCUGUCGGAUCGUCUUCUUCUUCGUCGUCGAGCAGCAGUCCGAAGAGUAAAACGGUCGCUGUUUCCGACCAAGAGAGUAGAAACACGGGGAAUUCGGGUCAGGAAAUGGAUCCGACCCGGAUGUUAUACGGGUUACCCGUUGGAGAUCCGAGUGGUGGGAGUUUCAGUUCGCUGUUGGUUUCGAAUAUGCAGCAGAUUAGAGGGGUUAACUACGAAACCGGGUCGGGUUGGUAUCCGGGGAUGGAGUUGGGUUUGGGUUCGGGUAUUCGGAGGAAUGAUGACGCCGCGUUGACUGAUGAACAGAAUUGAGAAGAAUUGAAGAAUCGGGAGGGUAAUUUGGUAAAUUUCGUAUAGAUGUAUAUUUUAGUCGUGCCGUAGUCAAUAUAAACGACAAAUGAUGUCGGUCCAUAUAAGCUAUUCUCACUUAUUUUCUUUCUUUUCCUGAUUGGCUUUUGGGAGUGUUAUAUGAUUUCAUAUUUAAUGAAAUUAUAGAAUGCGACUGAUAAAUUGAUUUUACAUUUAUCUGA